ACUCGGCCCUUGUUGUUGAGUUCAGUCUAUGGUUUGUUAUGACAAGUCGAGGCCUCGGACUAAAUUAGGAGCGAAGCCCCCGUCUCUGUCCAGGCGAAUCCACGAUGGAGGGCAUGGACCUGGACCUGGACCAGGAGCUCAUGCAGAAAUUCAGCUGCAUGGGUACAACAGACAAAGAUAUCCUAAUAUCAGAAUUUCAGAGGCUCCUCGGAUUUCAGCUAAACCCCGCCGGAUGCGCCUUCUUUCUGGACAUGACCAACUGGAAUUUACAAGCAGCCAUCGGAGCCUACUAUGACUUUGAGAGUCCCAACAUCAGUGCACCAUGCAUGUCCUUUGUGAGGGAUGUGACGAUUGGUGAGGGCGAAUCAGUUCCACCGGACACACCUUUCACAAAGACCUGGAGGAUACAGAACACAGGUGCAGAGUCAUGGCCUCCCGGGGUUUGUCUGAAGUAUGUUGGAGGAGAUCAGUUUGGUCAUGUUAACAUGGUGAUGGUGCGGUCUCUAGACCCUCAGGAAAUGGCGGAUGUUAGUGUGCAGAUGCAGAGUCCUGUGUCUCCUGGCAUGUACCAGGGCCAGUGGAGAAUGUGCACAGCUACUGGACUUUACUAUGGAGAUGUAAUUUGGGUGAUCCUGAGUGUGGAGGUUGGAGGCCUCCUUGGCGUCACACAGCAGCUUUCCUCUUUCCAAGCCGAGUUCAACACCCAGCCUCACCGCAGCCUGGAAGGAGACUACAACCCCUUCGCCUCGCCAGAGAAGAGCAAGUGCCCCAACAGCAACAACAACAGCCUCCACGAUGCCAGCGGUCAUAGGGUGACAGAGGAACAUUGGCAGGGAAGCCCCAACGAGCUGCAGCAAGAUCAGAAUGGACUUUCACACAACUCUGUGGAUAUAGUAGCAAACAGUCUACAAAGCAAUCUAUCAGUAGUCUCUUAUAACCAGGGUAUACAGGAGCCCUAUCCUUUUGGGCACUCUUAAAUCAUGGGACUUGUCACAAUGAAGCAGCACUAAACUGUACCUCUGGAGUCUGUCACACCAAUAAAAGAAAGAAGAGGCUUUAUCAGUAGCUGGUGGAGAGUGUGGAGAUUCAAAAACACUUUAUGCAAAGUCCAGCUACACUGAGAAACCAGAGGCCAGCGCUCCUGACGUGCAGCUCAACCAACAUCCCACAAUCCACUGUAUGCACGUGUGAAUGCUAAGUUAAAAAUGAGUGCUAUGAGUCUUUUGAGUGAUAACUUUUCAGAUUUUGUUUUUUAGUUGCCAGAGUGCAAAUGAAACAUGAUGACAGGAGUGUGUACUUGUGAAAUUGUGUGUAUAUGUGUGUGCAUUGUGCAACCUGAAAGAGAGACUUUGGAGGAAAAGCCAUUUAUUUUGCCAACUGAUUCUCCAGUUUCUGCUCUGACUCUUUGUAUAUUGACUGGGUUUCUGGACCGAUUCCCUGUAACUGAAUCGAAUAAUAUGGGCCUCUCUGAAACAAACCAUUGGACGUCAUUAUUUACCUUUUAUCUUAAUUUUUAAUAUACACGUUUUAAGAGAAGGGGAACAGCAACAUCCCUCAGAAAUAUAUCUGAAGCUCAUCUAAAAGCCCAACAGUUUUUCUACAUGGCUUGUGCAUUAUAGGCAAUCAUUUCUGUGCGAUGCAAUUUUUCUCCGCUGGAGGGAGCCAGCCAUUACUCUUACAAACGGAAGAUAAGAUCAACACUGAGAAACAGAACUUUUAUUUACAGCUCCUAUGAUUUGUUCAAGUUUACUCUUGAUUGUUGUACAGGAACAUUUGUUUUCCUAAAGCUAGAAUUUAGAGCCAACAAUUUCAUUAUGCCUUCUGUAGUCAAACAUGACUUUUUUGAGCUACUUAAUCUAAAUGGAAGUAACAAAAAACAUUUAUGAAACUGAAUCUGAUUUGGCCUGAAAGCUCAAAGAGUCCUGUGAGACAGUGAAGGUUUCUUCCCAUACAUGAGAUAGAGUCAUUACUGGCAGUUGGCAUAUACACAUCUAUGAAAUAUUAGAAGAAUAUUAGCAGAAUAUUCAUUAUUGGUAAUAAUGCAGUAUUAGAGAUGUCCCCAGUCAUUGUCUGAAUCUACGAUUUAGCUUAGUUUCACAUGCUUACAUUCAUUAAACACAAGAUAACAUGAUUAAUGCGCACUAUGCCAUCAGACAUUGAAUUCAAGCCAUAUAAACACUGGUGAAGACAUAACAUUAUGAAAACAUGUUGUUUUUUUUUGUCACCCUGCUCUGAAUUUUCAUUUUGAAGCUGUCUUGGACUUGCUUUUUUCAUAUUAAGUUGAAUGUAUUUGAUGAAUGUAGAAGAGGAUAAUGUUUUUGGAAACAUAUUAAUUUACCCAAAGAUUCGACAUUGUGUAUUUGCAGUGAGCUGACAGUUUUAUUAGUAUAAUCAUCAUUCUGAAUUUUCCAGUCUCUUGUUAAAAUUAUGCUCAGGAUGUUCCACAUUCGAGUCUAUUCAUUGACGAGCUUCUUAAACACACUGGAAAAUGUCAUCCUGUUUGCAUCAUUUCAGAUGCAAGCUUAACCACACCAGUAAAAUGACAAUAAAAUGACAGACUUAUGUUGUCCUGAAGAAUUGUUACUGCAUAUUUACUUGCACUAACUGGCUGAUCUAUGCACUGAGUAAUGCAACCUCUGUGACAAGGCCUCUGUGUACUUUCCUCCUCCACAAGUACAGUUAAGUCCUGAAGGGUUUAUCAACUCUGUGAUUUUAUCUUUCAUCCACAGCCAGCGUGUUAGACCACCUCAUCAGGUAAACACCCUUUUCAUUAAGGCACUAACUAUAAGCUUUGACAGGGUUACUGAGCUUUGACAACAUGACAAUACCAGCCAAUAAAUACUACAACAUGUCACGUGGAUUUCUGGGCUCCUUGCUGUUUCACAAAACGUGCAUUUCCGGUGCAAAAUGUUAAAGAUAAAUGUUUCUCCGUGCCGUUAAAGGUAUUUGCUGUCAAUGUCAAUUCAUCAAGUGCAAAGUGUGUUUUGUUCUAAGUGUAAUAUCUCUCUGAAGUUUCCACUGGCCAGAUUGCAGAAUGAAUCAGUUGGCAUUAGACUCAUACAACAGCACAUUUAUGAAAGUGAGGAAAUGCAAACAGUUUGAUGAAUGUUUGUAUGAUUAAAUUAUCACUGAAAACUAAA